AUCAGCCCGUGAAUCUGAGGUGAGGCUAAGAUUCCGUCUGUCUUAAACAGGCUCCAGCCAGCGACUCCAGCGGUUCGAACAGCGGCUGAUGAGCAGUUAAACAUCCGAUGCUUACAGAGGUGAAGUCACGAUGAUUAAAGGAAGGACGUUGGUGCUGCUUACACUCUUAUGUGUCUUAUAUUGUGUUCUACGUCCAUCUCUUGCAAAGAAACUCAAUUGCACUUUCAAUAAGAUCCCUGAAGGCUACAGAUACAGCGUACACCUCAAUCAGUCAGGGUGCAUCGCUACGUGGUCGACAUUAAAGGACACAGUAUGGACAGUUGUGGCAAAUAACGCAGGGCACGGACCUGGAGUUGUGAGGAGCAAUGUCACCACUGUGGUCACAGACAGAUGUGUGUCCAAGAUGGUGUAUGAAGUAGAUUGUGAGGAUUGGACGCACGACACGGGUGUCUGUGAGCCCAACUGCAGUGCAAUUAAAGAGAAGAUCGAAGGUGACAAGAGGGGCGAAGGUGAGGAUGUGCUACAAGUCACAGUCUCUGAGAUGAGAUCUUUGUUGGAAGCAACCAGUUUAGAAAGGGAAGCAGUGUUUGUGUCCUCCAUGCUACUGUGUCACAAGACUGUUUCUUUCAUCUCAAUUGUUUUUGUAGCUGACCACAGCUGGGGGCUGGUUCUGGGGCUGGGGCUGGGGCUGGGGCUGGUGCUGGGGCUGAUCCAUAAAUUCAGAAAUCGCAUCAAAAGCGGUUGGAUCAAACUACGUGGUGUGAAAGAGACUAAGAACGAGAGGGAGGACACCAUGACUGUUGUCUAUGUUAGCAAUGGACUGCCACAAUCAGCUGAGACCUUCACCUCCACAUAA